AUGUUCAAAGCAGCUGUAUUACUUUCUCAACAAUAUAAUAUAACAAUAGAUGGACAAUUCAUAGAAUGGCAAUCAGUAGAAACUAAUGGGAAUGUAAUCGAUGUCCUUAGCAAAGCAUGUCAAGCAUUAUCUAUUUCCAAUAGUGUUGGUAUACCUGUUAUAUCAUAUAGUGUAACUGAUCCUGAUUUAUCUGAUCGAAAUGUUUAUACGAAUUUUUAUCGUAUAGCUCCUUCAGAUAAUUUAGCUGCACUAGCUAUUAUAAGAUUAUUUAUUCGUUUCAAUUGGACAUCAUUUGUACUUAUUUAUCAAAAUGAUGAAUUUGGAUCUACAGGUGCUAAAAUAAUAAAUGAAGUAUUUAAUAACAAUAAUUUAACAGUUGAAUGCUUGAUAAUAUUCGAGAUUGUUACAUUUCGUAUUCGAGGCGAUCUGAGAACCCAUUUAAUGAAUAGCGCAACUCGAAUUGUUAUUUUAUGGGUUCAAACAAAUUAUAUAGCUUUAAUUUUACGAGAUGCUCUUGAAUCUGAUGCAUUAAGUUCACUAUUUACAUGGAUAUUGAAUUUAAUUGUUUCAUUAAAUACUUUUGAUAAAAAAUAUCAUGCAAAAUUAAUUGGAUUAUUUGCAAUUGAACCUGUUACAGAAAAUACUGAUAAUGUAGGAAUUAAUACAACAUUAUUAAAACAAGCAUAUCAUAUUUGGCAACAAUAUGAAUCAGAAUCAUUUCCUGGACAGACAAAAGUGAAUUAUUAUGCAUUAUUUGCUAUUUGA